AUGUGGCCCGGCCAGGCCAUGACCCUCAAGGUCAACCAGGUCGUCCACCACGAGAAGUCCAAGUACCAGGAUGUCCUCAUCUUCGAGUCGACCGACUACGGCAUGGUCCUCGUCCUCGACAAUGUCAUCCAGUGCACCGAGCGUGACGAGUUCUCGUACCAGGAGAUGAUCACCCACCUGGCCAUGAACUCGCACCCCAACCCCAAGAAGGUCCUCGUCAUCGGUGGUGGUGACGGUGGUGUCCUCCGUGAGGUUGUCAAGCACGAGUGUGUCGAGGAGGCCGUCCUCUGCGACAUCGACGAGGCCGUCAUUCGUCUCUCCAAGAAGUACCUCCCCGGUAUGGCUGUUGGCUACCAGCACCCCAACGUCACUACCCACGUCGGUGACGGCUUCAAGUUCCUUGACGACAAGAAGGGCGAGUUCGAUGUUAUCAUCACUGACAGCUCCGACCCUGAUGGCCCUGCCGAGGCUCUGUUCCAGAAGCCCUACUUUGAGCUGUUGAAGGGUGCCCUGAGAGAGGGCGGUGUCAUUACUACCCAAGGUUCCGAGAACCAGUGGCUCCACCUCCCCUUGAUCACCAAGCUCAAGCAGGACUGCAAGCAGGUCUUCCCCAACGUCGAGUACGGCUACACCACCAUCCCUACCUACCCCUCUGGCCAGAUCGGCUUCAUGGUCUGCUGCCUUGACGCCAACCGCGACCUCAAGAAGCCUUUGCGCCAGUGGUCCGAGGCCGAGGAGGAGAAGCUGUGCAAGUACUACAACAAGGAGAUCCACGAGGCCGCCUUUGUCUUGCCCAACUUCGCCAAGAAGGCCCUCAAGUAG